AUUAUGCACAAGUGAAAAGUCGGUUGGAAAUUUGGACUGUUGGGAGCACAAUAUAAGGCGGUUGAAAUUUUUAAUUUAAUGAUUUACUAGCAGUGACUUAUUUACUAAUAUAGCAUAUAUUAUUAUUUAUUAUUGUAUAGUAUACUAAAUUAUGUGUAUACAGUAUACUUUAGUAUACUUGUCUAUGCUUGUAUAGAGUGCCGUUACAUGUGGAAAUUAAAAAUAUUUGUUGUUUUAUAAAAAUUUUAUUUGGUUUUUUUUCUUAUUAUAAAUGUCGGAUCCUUCAGAUUUUGAAAGUAUUAUUUCAGACGUAAUCGUCUCACCAUGCAGUAUUGACAGUCUCGACAAUGAAAAUGCAACCAUAAAUGAUGUCACAAUAUCUCCAACCAACAAUAUAGUAGUAAACACAAUAAACGAUGAUGGUACAACCACCUAUGAACCAUCUCAACAUGACGUGUCUCUCACGGAUAGCGAUCACAGUCUGCUGGAAGUACCGAAACAAUUUAAUGCCUCUUCUCCUUCCAGUGUCUGCUCAACAAGACCACUUGAAUGGGAUAGUGGAGCCGAUGUGGGGUACGAUAUUUCGUCUAAACAUCAGAAUCAAGAUAUGAGCACAAUUGAAAGAAUUGCAGUAAGUAGCCUUGUUUAUAACACAAAUUCAACCCCAAUUGGUUGUGAUAACCAAAGAAUCCGUAAUAAAACUAAAAGUAAUUCAUUGGAUAAUCUGAAUGAAAUAGAAUUAUCUAGAGGGAAAAAAUCUUCUUCAUUAGAUGUAUUGAAAUGUACAGCUGAGAAGAGUGACACUCUACCAAAAUGCAGAUCACCAAUGGCUUCUUCACUUUCAGUGUCGACAGUAGUUCAUAAAUUAGAGUCUUUAAAAACAGAAUGUAUUAAUAAAUUAACCAACAAAAAUGUCAGUUUAAUUUUUAAUCAACAAGAAAAAAGGUUUGAGAGUUUAAGUAUUAACUCCAACAAAGAACAAAAAUCGUCAGGAAGUAGUAAAGAAUCAAAUAGUACCUUGGGAAGUGCUGACACUGCUGGAUCUUGGGUAGCAAAAGAAUUUCACGAUUCAACAAAUAAUACUUCAGAUCGAGUAAAUAGCUUUGAGUAUUUACCAGGUAAUUCAUAUUAUAAUACUAUAAAUGAUGAACCAGAGGAGUAUUCAGACAAAGAAAUUAAACAAAGCACUAAGAUGUUGGUUGAGGCAAUGAAACAGAAUGGUUUAACAAAUGAGUUGCAAAGAAAAGAAAUUUUUAAAGAAAUUAUUGAAAGUUUUAUACAAAAGUAUGUCCAGAAAGAUAAAGAUAACAGUUCAUCAUUAAAAAGUCAUUCAGAUACUGAUCAAACUCCCAUCAGACAAGAAUUUACUUCUCAAACGUCUAACACUGCUAAUACAAUUGUCAACAAUCCAACAAAUAAUCAUUCCAGCACAAUUACAUUUACAUCCCCAAUAACCUCUUCAAGGUAUGGUGAUGAUGUUGAUUCCAAAUAUGAUGAAUCUUCUGUGGACUCUGGGCGGCAUAUUAAUUUACAAAAGUGUAAAAUAAAAAAACCCUGCACCCUGACAAAUUUACAGAAACAAAAGGAUCAAAGUGUGCAAUGUACAAUUCAAGAUAAUUUAUCAAAUAUAAGUAAAAAUGGAAACUUAAAAACAUCUAAAUCUACAAAAAAAAAUGAAGACUUGGAACCAAUUCUAAAAAAUAAUACACAUAGUAAAACAAAUUACAAUGAUGUAAAUAAAGAUUUUAAUAAACAAAUGAUUUGGUUUCAUAAAAAUUACAUGAAAACUGAAAGAGAAAAUCAAAUGCUUUGGAUCAACAGUCAGAUAUCGCACUUAAAUAAUUUGAAAAAGUUUGUUUUUCAUUUACUACAUUUCUACAACUACCAAUGGCUUUUGAAUACCCAUGAAGAACUGAAAAAAAAUUGGAAUACAUAUAAACAGAAACAAACAAAUAAUAAAACCAAGUUAAGGAGAAAAUGUCCAAUAUCAAAUUCAAGUUCCGAUGUUACUACUUCAACUUACACUGAUUCAACUAUUUCUUCUAAACCGGUAUCAGUUACUUCAAGAUCUAAUGAAACUGAUGUCGAAUCUUCAGCUACAAUUUGUGACCAUAUUCAUUAUAAGAAAGGAAUUUUAGUAGAUGAACCUAACUCUUUGAAAAAAUGUUGUGAGAAAACUCUUCAUGGCAUUAAAGAAAAACAAAAUCAAAACACUAAUAAAUUUAAAACCGCAUGGUCUCAAACUGAAUCAACUAAUGAGACAAAAUUGAAAAAUGAUAAAAAGGCUAAAUCUCAGUCAGGUGUUACAUAUACAGUUGACCGCAAAUUAAAACCAAUCAGCAGUCAAAAUUCUAUAAGUUAUGAUAUAAUAUUUAAGCCUACCUCAAGAUGUUCAAAAGAAAUAGAUUUUGUUAACAAUCAAUUAAAAGAGCAGAAACAUUCAAUAUCAGUAGCAUGUCAAACAAAUAAAAACCCAUUUAAGCCUAAAUCUAGUUUACAGGAAUAUUUGAUGGAAAAUCGUCCUGAUUAUAUUUGUCGAGCAGAAGAAAGGAAAACUAUAUUAACUAAUUUAGCAAGUUUAAGAGACGAGCGCAAACAGUUGAAAAGAAAUAUGCUAAUAACAAAUAAUAAUGAAAAUAAAGUUCCACCAAAUCCAUUAGCUGUUAAACGUGUAAUGAGCCAAAGUGAAAUGCGGAAACAGACUGAAAAUAAAUAUCGCAAGUGUCCUGAAGUAAAAAAUAAAAAGAUAGAAAUAAAACGAAAAGAAGAUUAUAAAACAAAUAAAAUCAUGGCUAACAUUUUUAACAAGAGACUUCAAAAAAAGACAUUAAAAGGAAAAGUUGAUUUAUCCAACAGUGUAAGUGUUUGCAGUUCGUGAAUAUUAAUAUUAUCUUUUAAAAAUUAUAAUUUUCUUUUGUAUCUUUUAUUGAUUGUUUUUGAAAUAGACAAUUAUUUUAUGAAUGUA